AUGACAAAAGAUCGUGAUAUAUAUGAAAAUAUUAAUAAUAAAUCAUCACUAAUAACUGAAUCAAUUUAUAGGAAUCCAGUUUUUGAUGAUCAUUAUGAAGAUACAACAAACUUACCAUUACUAAAUAAUUCAUCAUCAUCAAAUAAUACUGAACAAUCACCUUAUGAAGAAGUAGCUGUUAAUAUAUCAAAUAAAGAUGAUUCAACAAUAUUAUGUCUUACAGUUCGUUCAAUAUUUAUUGGUAUUUUAUUAACAUGUGUAAUGGCAUUUAUGUCUCAAUUUUUUGCUUUUCGUACAUCACCAUUAGAUCUUGAUAUUGGUAUUAUUAUAUUACUUGCAUAUAUGCUUGGUAAAUUAAUGUCAAAAAUAUUACCAGAACGUAUAUUUCAUAUAACAUUAAAUCCGGGUCCAUUUACAUAUAAAGAACAUGCUAUGAUUACAAUAAUGGCUGCAUCAGGUACACAUACAUAUCAGGGUAUUGAAACAUUGAUCAUUCAACGUUUGUAUUAUAAAUAUCAUCUUAGUCAUGUUAAUUCAGUAUUAUUUCUGAUAAUAAUGCAUUUUAUUGCUAUAUCAAUAUCGGGUAUUUUAAAAAGAUAUCUCAUAUGGCCAUCUUUUAUGAUAUGGCCAAAAGCAUUAAUGGGUUGUUCUUUAAUACGUACAUUAAUUAAUGAAGAUGAAUUCUCUAACAAUAAUUCUCGAUGGAAAAUGUCACGUUCGAAAUUUUUUUGGUUAAUUGUUUUAUUUCAAUUUUUUUGGUAUUGGUUUCCGGGUUAUAUAUUUCCUCUUUUAUCAUUUAUUUCAUUGAUUUGUUUUAUGGCACCAAAAAAUAUUAUUCUUUCACAAGUAACAGGUGCAUAUGGACUUGGUCUAGGUACAAUAGAACUCGAUUGGAAUGCUUGGGUCAGUUAUUUAGAUUCACCUAUUCUUGUACCAUUUUGGGCACAUGUCAAUAUUUUUGCUGGAUUUAUCGUUGUUGUUUGGAUUAUAACACCGAUUAUUUAUUAUUUAAAUAUUUGGGAUUCACAAAAAAUGCCUAUUAUUUCAAAUAGAGCUUUUGAUAAAGAUGGCUAUUUUUUUAAUAUGACUAAAAUAUUGACCGAAGAUUUUCAUGUAAAUAAAACUGCUUAUGAGAUCUAUGGUAAUUAA